CAGUCAAUUCAUUUGCAAAUGCGGAGCAACAGCAAUUAGAAACAAAUUGUUGCAAUUAACUGUGUUUUUAUAUAUUUCUGUAUUGAAUCUCCAUUGCAAUGUUGCUCAGACUUUUAAUUGUUUUCACAUUUUACUCAUCAAUAUCAACACUCAGUACCAACAGUUUGGUGGACUUGCCAUUAAAAGUACCUGAAGGAAGUUCAGUGAUUAAUGCUACUUUAACUGAUGUCAGUGGAUCUAAAAAGUAUUUUAUACAAGAGCUGAUAUCGACUUCUGGUUCAGCCAUCAAAGGUAAAAUUUUGGUCUCAAGCGAUAAGGAUUCCUACUCAAUACAUUAUAAUGCUGAUUCGUAUACUGGUGUGGACAGUAAGGAACGGUUGGUUAUUCAAGGUACGAAUUGUUUACUAUUCACUUACAAGAAUAUUUGGGAUAAAACUUUAUCGGGAAUCAUCAAACCUUUACUCAACGAGAUUCUCUUGAUGGGACCUUCGAUAUUAUAUCGAAUUGAUCGUUCGUUGUUUAAUUGGAAAUCAAUCGGAGAAAAAAAUAUCAGAGGAAUCAUGAUGAGAGGGGCAUCAGCAAAAGUUAAUGAAAAUUUGAAGAUUACUUUCUAUUACAAGAGUCGUCUCGAUUUCCAAUCUGGAAUGGAAAGUCCAAGCAGAAUUGAAUUUGGUGGUUAUGAUUCAACUACGAUUCCUAAUCCAGGAAAAGAUUCCAUUUUUUAUGUGGAUAUCUAUUUUAUUGAACAUGUAGAUACUUACUUUGAAGAAGAAGACCUUUUCCUAGAUCAAGUCCAAAAUGAGGUUCAACCUCCAUCUGGAAUUGGGUGUCCACAUUACUUAUCUGGUGAUAAAGCAUUACCAGCGUUGAGAGUUUAUCACAUGCACUACAUCAUGGAGGAACGAAUCAAAGGUUCAACUACGUCUCGAUCACUUAGUGAGGUUUAUGCUGCCCAAUUUUACGAAUUUUUAAGGAUAAAAACAUCAUUGGUUGGUUCACCAAGUGAAGUUAUGUACGACUAUCGACUCGGAGUUGCUUUUCAUGUUGAUACAGAUGGAUCUGUUGCUGUGGUGUCUAUAGACACGAAUACACCUGGGAUCUACAAAGAUUCAAAGUUCACUUUGACUAGUCUUUUCAUGGUCAAUGCUAUCUACAGAUAUCUUGGGAAGCUCAACUUGAAACAUCGAUCUGGACUGCCUGUUGAAGCAUGGGAAUCAGUUGAAUACAAUGUUAACAUAAAUGGAAAGAAAGUGGAUAAAGCUGUCAUUACUCAAUAUUUUGCUCCAUCGCAAGAUGAAGACAUAUUUUGGGGCUAUUCUCUGGUCAGUACCAAGAUCUCCAUCUAUGAUUAUGAUGUAUCGAAAAAAGUUUACGAUUGGAAGGACGAGAUCACAAGAGAUUACAUGAACUUUCAAGAGGUUCGCUCAGUCGAGAAUAUUCAAUCAUUGACAGAAAAGGCUAAAUUCGCGUCUACCGAUGAAAAAGUGAUCCUUAACUUUAUAUUAGAGUGCGAUGCUUCAGAUCCUGGGUACACUUCUUGCAUCAAACACACGGAGGAUCGUGUUUACUGGUUGAAAGGAGACUUCCUUUACAAUGUCCUUUUAGCUAAACCAGUCAGUAUACUGCGAAUUAGUGAUAUUCAAUAUCACUUCACUGAUACUAAAGUCGAAAUGGAAGUAACAUUUCUUGAUCUACCGCAUCUAGAAUACAUUUUCAACUCUAAAUACAUAUCUGUUAGUGAAGAUACAUUUGCCAAGAUGAUGAAGACUAAGGCUAACAAUGAAGGCGAAUGCCUAGAAAAACUAUCACGAUAUCAAGAGACAAUUAAGGUUGCCAUCUUCAGAUCCUCAGAUGGCGUCUGCGGAUACUUAAGUGAUCCUGAUGAUCUCAAGGAAGAUACUAAGCAAGGACAAUCAGCAAGUGUCUUCCUCUUUCCACUGAACAAUUUGCAUCGAGUUAAACAAGAGUUAACACUUGACCAGAUUCAUGAUGCAUACUUGCAAAAUCGUGCGAGAAUCUAUCUGUUUGACAGAGACUAUCAUGUACGUAUGAAGAUUGUUGAUGUGGUCGACAAAACUAAAAAGGAAACUGGCUUGAAGGACGAUGUUACUUCGCAAAUUAGAAGCCAGGCAAAGUUGAAAAUUGAUGACCAAUUCACUUUGUCUGUACCUGAUGUAAAAACUUUUGCUGAUUGUUACCGAAACUGUCAUAAUUCUGAUCAAGUUGCAUGCGUUACUUUUUCAUUCUGCAACACUGAUGGUAAAAUUGACUGUAGAGUAAGCAAUUUGCAGGCUUCUGACAUUACUAAGGGAGAUCAGUCUAUUGAAACCGAUCAAAAAUGUCAAAUCUUUUCCAUAAGUGUUCUUGACAAUUAUUCAAGAAAGUCCAACAGAAAAUUCAUAACUCAGCUUUCAACUGCAGUUGAAAAAGAUUUUGUGUAUUCUUGUGCAGAAUCUUGUCAUGCCUCAUCCGAAUGCAUAUCUUUUCAAUACUGUGAUGGUUAUUGUAGUUUUGGUGAUUUAUUGUACACAGAUGCAGCUACUGAAUAUGACCAGGAAUGCAUGAUAUAUACUCGCAAAGUAUCUGAAAGGUAUCAAAGAACAGGCAACAAAAUAGUAUCAGAUGUGAUGCUGACCGAAACCAAAUUAACCUUAGACCAAUGUGCUUCAUUAUGCUAUGAGUUAUCUGAUGGCGAUGAAACUGGAUGUAAAUCAUUUAAUUACUGUCCUAAAAGUAGAACAGAAAGUUCUUGUUCAUUAACUCAUUUUUCAGUCAAAAGUCCUGAUACAAAAACCACUGGUGGAGGUCAUUGUUCCAAUUAUGAGUUAAAAGAAUCGAAUGGAAAGAAACGAAAAGAAUCCAGUUCAACUAAAGUGAUUAAAGGGACGACGGGAUCAGGUGCUUUUGGUAUAAUAAUGUUGUUCUUGUUUGUCGGCAUUGGAUUGGGAUUCAUAGCUCCAUUUGCUUACUCAAAGGUUAAACAGAUACAUGAAACUUCAAAGGCUAGCGGAGGUUUCACUUGGAAAAGACAUCAGGAUGAGCAGCCACUUGAAAAUGUCGAUUGAAUUCAUUCAAUUUAUGCAAUAGAAUUACAUUACUAAUUAUUUUCUGUAAAAACAUUUCUUAAACUUUAAUAUAUCUAAUAAAAAGCUUAUGCUACAGCCCUUAUUCAAACCCUGGU